CCUCCGCCGCCGGGGCGGAAGCAGCUCGCGCGGCGCCUCGGGCGGGCUGACGGCGCUUCUUCGGGCCUCCGGCGCGGGGGCUGCGGCUUCGUCCCCGCGACCCAAGCGCUCGCGUCGCCUCGCCCGCACCAGACUCCUGCCGCCCGUCCCGGGCCGAGCGCCGGCGCCAUGUCAGCCUACCCCCGGAGCUACAACCCUUUCGACGAGGACGCGGAGGACGAGGACGCCCGGCCGGCGCCGUGGUCGAACAGCCGCGACCUCGCGGACGGGCCCGGCGCGCCCGCCGGCCGGCAGCAGGCCCUGCGGCAGGAGGUGCUGCGCCGCGCGGAGGCCACGGCAGCCAGCACGGGCAGGUCCCUGUCGCUCCUGUACGAGUCCGAGAGGGUCGGGGUCGCCUCCGCCGAGGAGCUCGUGCGCCAGCGAGGGGCCUUGGAGCGCACGGAGAAGAUGGUGGACAAGAUGGAGGAGGACCUGAAGACCAGCCAGAAGCACAUCAGCUCCAUCAAGAGUGUGUUCGGGGGGCUCGUCAAUUACUUCAGGUCCAAACCCGCUGAGACCCCGCCUGCGCAGAACGGCACGCUCACCCCCCAGCCCAGUGGCAGGCUGAAGGAGGCCAUCAGCUCCAGUAAAGAGCAGGAGGCGCGGUACCAGGCCAGCCACCCGAACCUCAGGAAGCUCCGGGACUCAGACUCCGUCCCUGGAGGGGCCGGUUCAGCUGUGAGCUCCGAGGCCUACCCGCAGAACCCGCACCUUCGCGCCUGUCACCAGAGGAUCGACAGCAACCUCGAUGAGCUGUCCGUGGGCCUGGGCCGGCUGAAGGACAUCGCGCUGGGGAUACAGACAGAGAUUGACGAGCAUGACGACAUCCUCGACCGCCUCACGGCCAAGGUGGACAAGCUGGACGCCAGCAUCACCAGCACCGAGAGGAGGGUGCGGCAGCUCUGAGGCGGAGGCCGACUCCGGCCCCCCUCGGCAGAGCGAUUUCAAAGGCCUUCUUUUAAACUCCGAGAACCUUCACUUACUACUUCAAAAUGUGGUUUAACAUGUGUUUCCAGAUGUUGUAACAGAGUAGGUCUCGCAAGAGUUUGUUUAGAGGACGCGGGCCCCUGUCCCCUCAGGACCCUGACCAGAUAGCUGUGGGCCGGGCGGCAGUCAGGCCGGCCAGCGUCUCCAUGUGCCGUGUGGCCCCCAGGCCGCCCGCAGCAGAGCGCCAAGGGCCGCGAAACCCCAGUUUGCAGCGCUCCCCCGCCAUGAGCCCAUCGUGAUCCUCUGAGCCCCAGGAGAGGCCAGCAGCAGGUUCGGAGUGGAGGGGGUGGGCGUCCGCGCUGUUGCGUGGACAGACACCACCUUCUCCCCUCCCGGCCCCUGAACUCAGCAGGCAUUUGAUUUCAGGAGGAGAAGGGGCUUCAGACCUGUCCUGUUCACUGUGACGCCUGGAAACACCCUGGGAGCAGGCGAGCCUGGGCUCAGGAACAGGUGCGACCCUGGCCCCAGGCUGCGUGGCCGGCCGGGCCCGGGAGCGCACACGGGCGCGCCUCACGGAGGUGCUCUGCCGAGCUCUCUGCCCUCGGGUCACCCGGACCGGGCCCCCACGCAGCAGCGCUCACUCGGUGCCGGGGGUUCCCGGCCUGUCCAGGGUGCCCACCCUCUCCCCGCGCUGCCGGCCACACGCCUUGACUCAUCUCUUGGCUGUCUGCCCCCCAGUUUUAGGACUGGAAUCUGCCCGUGGCAGACCAUGCCUGGAAGCAUUUGGCUUUUUAAAAGCCUAGAGGUUAUUCUAACCACCCUAGCAUGUUCUCGCUUUUCAUUUUAUUAAAGAAGAAUCAUUUAAAAGCACUAAUUAAAAUUGAUUUCUGAACUUAAAUGAUUUUCUGUUGGUACCUACAACAGAAUAAUUGAAGGCAGAAGGUCUCUUUAAACACAGGUUGUUUAAAAUGCUUUGAAGACAGUGAAAGAGACUGAUUUUGACGAGACAGUACAGGUCAGAAGCUUUAAAAUCACCGUGCUGUUCACCGUGAGACCUGGCCUGACACGGCGACCUCACCGCUCAGGCUCACUUGCAGGCAAACAAAGCCCCUUAAAGCACAGGACAGACCUGGAGGUCUGCAGCGAGGCCUCAGCACUGAUGGCAGCAGUUCCGACACAAAACUCCCACCCCUGACGCCCGACCUUCCGGAAAACACUGACCACUUCUGCAGGGACCACCUCUGCGGGCAGACACAGCCUUAUGUCACGCUGCAGCCGCCUCGUGAGGCCGACCCCGUGUCACUGUAUCUCUGGGAACCUCCAGGGCGCGGUGGAAGGUGACCCGAUCCACAUCUGCCCUCCAGACGUCUUGCUCAUUCUCCUGGUAACUGGAAAAGGAAAAAUGUUAAACGUCCGCUCAGCCUGCACUGAACCCGUUCAGGGCUCGUAUCGUGACUGCAGCACCCGGUGGCAGCCCUGGGUUUUCCUCCCUGACGCCUUCCCCCGCCAGGAUUGGGGCAACUUCCCGCUCAUCGCUCUCAGGUGUGGGCCCUUGGAGGUGAAUCAGCGCACCGUGACCCAAGCUGCUGCAAUGGGUCAGUAAACACGCAAAGGCCACUGCCAAACACUCUCAGCCUGCCUCGCAUCACGGGGUUCGUGACUGUGCUGACUCAAAGCAGCGUAGCAGCUGACAGUGUGAGGCUGCUCUCCCGCCGGCCCCGGCCUCUUACCCCAAGCUGUGGAGGGAAGGUUGGCCUCACUCUUCUGGAAAUGUCCGCCACACACACGCACGCGUGCACACACACAGAGGGUCCAUGUGUUUGGUUCUGUUCUUGUUCGAGUUGCUUGUUCUAAGGCCUGAGCCUCGUGCUGGGCAGGCAGCUACUCCCACGCCCACCAAGGGCCAGCCCGCAGAGCCGCUCACACUUCUGGAGGGCAAAGGAGGACCUGAGGGGCCAGCCGGCAGAGCCGCUCACACUCCUGGAGGGCAAAGGAGGACCUGAGGGGCCUCCGGAAUCCACAGGUGUCGGGAUACACAGUGACUAAGAAGUCACGUCUGCCCUCUGGACGCACGUGUCAGGAGACCCAGGGCUGCUGGGCCGGGGCCGCGGCCUUGCCACGAGGGGUCCGAAAGACAGACCUGGAUUUCCACGGUCCAUUUGGAAACACACCGUGCCUUCUGAAGAGCAGCUUUCCUGACUCGAGGCUGGCUCCACGUCACACGCGCUCCAGACUUAGAGGCAAGAGUCCCUCCCAGGGCGGCAUUCUGAUCCUGGGUGGGCUGUAGUGGCCUCUGGGCGUCUUUUCUGCGUCCUGUGGCCCAGGAGACCCGCACUUAGCGUGGACAGCAAGAGGGGAAGCCUGCCUUCAUCUCACCUCCUCCAAGUUCUUUUUGUGAAUAACGUGAUUCUAAGCGUACACUACACCAGUUUAGUAGAAAUCUUACAGUUUGCCUCCAUGAGCCUUUGCAGAAUUGUUGACGUUACCGGUGUUGUUACGCGUUUCCCGCUCUGAUGAGUGAAAUGUCUCGAGCACAAAUGACGAGCGAGCCGUUCAAAGCGCACCCGAGCGGGACUCCUGCUCAGAGUCAGUGGCAGAGCAGCUCCCGGGCCUCAUGCCUUCAGCGCAACGAACGACCUUAGUCCUUGAAAUAAAAUGUGAUUGUUUAAUCAGA